AUGAAAAUUAGAAAAAUAUGAAACACAGAUCUUCCUAGAUGGGUCCUCCUUCUGGGAAUCUGGCUUCUGUAUGAUGUCUGAGAUUGAGCAAAGGUGGUAACUUUGACUAACACGACCUUCUUUAAGGCUUACACAAACUUGACCAGUUUCCCUCAUCUUUCGUUUGAUACUCCAUUACAAGAACGAGGAAAGCUAGUUGAUUAUGAUGAAAACUAUGUGUAUUUAUUAUCUAGAGAAUCCUUUUCUAAUGAAGAUUCUUAUAAGUUUAUGAAAGUAUUGCAUUCGAACCUCACUGUAUCUUCAAAUAGUGUGUCAAUAUCUGGAUAUCAAAUCAAUGGGAUGUGACAAUAUAAUGGAGUUUUGCAAUACUUUGUAGGUCUUCAUACUAGCACAAAAGAGCUUAGAGUAUGAAAUUUAUACUUCAACAGCACUAUUAGUUCAUACAGUUCUUUGUACUGCAAAGUUAUUCCCUAUACCAUCCAAAUUGAUCCCCUUCACAUUUACUCUGAUUGUAGAUACACUGGUAGAGACAGUGAAUAUAUAAUUGGUAUUGGAGCUUCUGCUCAUGAUCCAGCACAUGAGGGGCAAUACAACUAUAUGUUUGCUAAAUUUAAUACUAUUUAUAACAUUACUGAGACUCUGAUUGAGUCUCAUGAUCCUACAGUCUCAGAAAAGCUUGUUGAUGUCAAGGUUGAUCUUGUAAACGAUUUAAUUUAUAUUGCUCUUCAGAUAAAUUCAAAUGACUACCUUGGGAGGAAGAUAUAUGAUGCAGAAGAUGAAAUAACUGAGAAUAACCCAAAUGUUGCAAUAAUUGCUUAUUAUCUCUCGAAGCCUUCUACAGCUAAUCAAAAUUCUAAUCCUGAUGCUAAUGGUUUGAUCAAAUGGGUCAAAAUAUUUGGAGACAUAACUUAUGCUGAUUACUAUGUCGGAUUACAAGAAAAUAUUAUUGUCUUAAAUUCUUACUCUAAUACAAGUCUUGAUGGAAGCACUACCACAGGUGGAGUCAUACAAAAAGAGAUUUUAGUGUACAAAUUCAGACCUGAAACUGGAUAUAUUGAAGAGAAAUUAGUUAUGGGGUCUCCAGCUGAUGACGAAGCUAUCAGUCUAGUGACUCAUUUACAUAGUACUUAUAUUUUGGCAAAGAUACAUAAUAAAUUUUUGCCUCACCCAACUACAGGAUCAAUUUGGGGAAUGGAUGCUGAUAAGGAAUAUUUUGGUGUGAUCUGGAUAAACUCAAAGUUUCAUCUAGUGGAUAUUGAAGGAUAUGCUAUUGAUGGGCUUACAACUAUCCCUAUGCAAGUUUUCCCUUCUAUUGCUGAUGUUUAUGAACCUCAGUUUAUGUUCUUCUCUCCUGCAUCAAAAUUUGAAGUGAAUGGCUUGAUGAUCACCCAGUUCGAUACUCCUCUUAAACUAUAUGCUACAAAUGAUUGCAACUUAACUUGAUAUAGAUGAAAUAGAUACACAAAACAAGAAGAUUGCAUCUUUUGUGAUGAAUUGAAGACUGAGUUUCUGUACAAAGGAGAAUGUCUCUCAUCAUGAAAUAUUCAAACUUAUCAGCAUACUGAUUUGGUCUCAUCAACCGGAAAGAAGCACUGAGUAGAUUGUCACUAUUCUUGUAAGAAUUGUCUCGGUCCUAGGAGUGACCAGUGUUCUCUAUGCUGUGCUAAUGGAGAAUGAGGAACAAGUCUUCUUGACAGAACUUCUAUAUCAAGUGAGUGAAUCUGACCUUCUGGAAGUUACGAAUCUCAUGGUAGAUGCUUAGAAAGAUGUGUUAAUGGACUUUAUGGAAGAUUAGAAGGCCAUUGAUAUGAAUCAUGCCCAAAGAAUUCAUAUCCUGAGCUAAUUUAUGAUGGAGUGAGUGAGAAUGAUUACACUCAUUAUGAAUACAAUAAUGAUACAAAUUGAAAGGAUAGUAGUAACCUCUUACAAUUCAAUGUUUUGAGUAAGGGAAUAGAAGUCCCAGGUCCUCCCAUUUUAUCUUCAAUGCCAAAAGAAUUUACAUUAUCGUUUUGGGCGAAAGCAACAGUCUUAGGGACUCAAAGUUAUCUAAUAAACUUGUUCGAUAGAGUUCAUAUCAAGAUAGUAAGUUCAAAAGUGAGAUUCUUAUUUGAGAAUGGAGCUUCAGCAUAUAUAGAACCUUCUUAUUUAGGCUCUUUAAACCAAAUUUCAACUGGAAAUUGGUUUUAUGUUUCAGUUUCACAAAGAGAGCAUAAAAAUGCUGGGUUACAUCAAAUUGAGCAAAGAAUAGUCGUUGCUAAUGGUCGAAAAGUUGAUGCUGUUGAGUCUGGAAGUAAAACUGAUCACACUCCUAUAACUUACCAUAAAUUUUCAAAUUCGAUUUUCUUUGGAGGGUUGAGUUAUAACUCACCUAACUCCUUCACAGGGUAUAUAAAAGAAGUCAGAUUAUUUGAUAAAUUUCAUGGGUCUGCUCAAAUGAUCAAUGAUCGACUAAGGAUAUAUAAGAUUCAUUCCUUUGAUGAUCCAAGACUCAUUGCUUACUGGAAGUUGGAUGAGAAUUACACUGAUAAAGAUGAAAUACAAAUGAUAAGAGAUUCUUCCAAACAUAGCUCUGUUGAGCCUUUGAGAGUAGCAUUUAGCCCAAAAACAAACUCAGACUAUCCAAGCUUUAUUCAUUCCAACUCUAAUAGUCUGAAACUCUGAUAUUACCAUGAUGUUGCUAAUUGUAAAGCAGUGAAAGAGAUGCCGAGUAUCUUAUCGAAAACUUGGAAAUUAUCAGAAGUCUCUUUAUUCGAUGUUCAAAGCUCCAGUCAUACUGUUCAAGUUGGAGACCAGAUUUUUAUAAAAGAUAAAGAUUGACAGAUUGGAAACCUCAAAUUGACUCUAACAAGAACUGUGAAUAAUGACUGGAGUGUUGAUAAUACUACAGCUUUAGAAAUUAUGGAAGAUGGAAAGCACUAUUUUGCCUGCUAUUUAACUACAACUAACCAGAAUAUUGACAUUGGCCAGCUUUAUAUCACGAAAACAUCUACAACUGUAGAUCCAUCUGAUAUCUCUACAUUUAUUAUUCUUGGACUUGAAAUACAGAUAGAUGUUUCAGGUGGAGAUGAAGGCUACGGAGAUAUAAUUAGGUUCUCUGAAGAUUGAAAUGCUCCGAAAGCAACAGAUGUCUCUAUUGAACGAAAGAUUAAUAAUAUGUAUGCUCCAUUAGUCACUAAGGAUUUCCAAGAGUCAAAGAAAUUCAAAAUGUGUCACUUUCCAAAAUUUGCUCAGGACAGUAACCUUUAUUUAGAUUGGAUAAACGAUCAUUGGUGGAUCGCUACAGGAACUCCCAAGCUAGGUACAAAUAACUUAUAUACCUUUAACAUAAAUGAUAAACCCUUGUAUUUUGAAUUUGAUACUCCUUUAACAGAAGGUGAUAAAGUAGUAUUUGCUUGGAAAGAAGAUACAGAUACCGACUGCAACAGCUCUAAAAUUUUAUCUCCAGUGUAUUACUAUCAAUAUGGUUACUUUAGCUUAUUUUGGUUAGGAAAUGAUCAAGGAGUUUCAGGCAUUGAUGCAAAUGAGAAAGAAGAAAUUCAUAUGUGCUGGAUAUCAAAUUCUAUCGGAGGAGAUCCCUCAUACUCUAGAAUUGGCCUUAUUACUGGCCACAAUUAUGCCUUUAUUGCUAAAGAAUAUGGUAAUUCUGCAUAUACCUCUUUACCUGAGCUAUCUAGUAUUUAUCCAAGCUAUGGGAGUUCAGAACUAUAUGGUACAGAUGCUCAGCUUCAGUUCUCGUUUGGAGGAGAAAAUGUAUAUCCUUCAAAAAGAUUGACAGUAAAAGGAAAAUUAGGUAUAUAUAGAGGAGCAAUUACAUAUGAUGGAGAAAUAGUACUUGUCCAAUCAAGCAUCCUUUAUGAAAUAAGUACUUUAGAUGAGGCUAAUGUACCCCUGCUUACACAAGGAAAUAUUGCUUGAACCUCUACAGGAGUUUGAAAUAUAACUUUAUCAACAGCUACCAGUACAGGGAUGGUUCCAGGAGAAAUUUACUAUAUUGGAUUUUAUCCAGACUCUUUUUCUAGCGAUGUGUCAAGCAAUUUGUAUUUGUUCGGGAAUAAUACUAAUGGAACAAAUGCAAUCUAUUAUCACAUGUUUCUUUCAAGAAGUUUCAACAUUAUUGAAGCACCAUCUGGAAAAGUGUUUGGAUCUACCUUAAUAAUAGAAGGAGUAAACCUACUUCAGAUUAGUAAUGUUCUUGCCAAGCAAUCUGGGUCUGGAAUAACUACUGGAACUUGGCAGACUAAAUCUAUUCAUAUUGAUAUAAAAAUCUCUGGGUCAACUUGUAAUUCCACUCUCAUGCCAUUUGGAUCGGUAUACAUGAAAAAUGUAAACGAUACUCAUAUAACAAUAACUAAUUUAGACUUAAAAGGAUGUGAUAAUGGAAAUAUUCAUGCAGAUUUCCUCUUAAUUAGAGGAAUAAAACAAGGAAUUAAUGAAUGGUCCCAUAUUCGAGAGGAGUAUCAGAAAAAUGUAAAUUUAGGACUCAUUGGAUGCCACUCUUCAUGUUUAUCCUGCACCGGUCCAACUUCAUCAGAUUGAAGUAUCUGUACUAAUCAUGCUACUGAGUAUAUCGACCAAGGAACUUGUGUAUCUUCUUGUCCCGCAUCUAAAUCAGUUGCAAAAGUUGAAACAGUUACAUUUAAAUCAGUCAGGUACGAAGUAAAAGAAUGAGUUGCUUCUUGAGGAGAUGGAAACUUUAUUAAUACUGAAAGAAAUGAAUGCCAAAUAUGAAACUUAGACUGACAAAUUUGUGAGAAUAACAAAAUGUUUGGUUGCACUACAUGAAACCCUAUCAAAUAUUUAUACAAAGAGGGCUCAUCAGAUCCUAGAUAUGGAAUGUGUACAGAGAUUUGUCCUACACCUGAAUUCAUAGCUCAAAAUACAAAUUAUGAAUGAGUGAAACAAAAUGUGACAAAAUAUUUAAGUGUAGAGAUUCUUAAGGAUCCAUAUCUUCACAAGCUUCCAAGGAACAAACAAAUUUAUUUAAAAGCUUUUAUAAACAACACUAGAGGGACAAUUUCAAACGUUGAGUGGAGUCAGAUAUCUCCGGCAUAUACCAAGGUGACUGAUAACUUAUUCACUAUGGAUUUUAAUCCUCUAACAAAUGAGGUUUAUAAUACUCAGUUGCAGUUAAAAAUGAGAAUGACCUCAUUCACAUAUUUCUCUGAGAUAACAAGUAUAAAGAUUAUGAUUCAAGUUACUAAUUCUAUGGGGGAUAUCGGUAAAGGUCUAACUGAGCUCUAUGUCAAUCCAGCUCCUACUGUUGGAACCAUGACUCAGGAGAUUACAACAGGGCAGACCAAGCCAGAAGAUGGAAGAACAACUUUAAGAAUACGAUUGGCUGAUUGGUAUGAUAAUAUUGAUGACACUGUUCAAAGGCUAAAGUUCAAAUUUUAUUAUUCCUAUGAUGCAAGAAUUUUUGUUCUAAAGAAUGCUGGAAAUAAUAUCAUGUUUGAUGUUGAUCUUCCUCAUAUUGCCAUUGCCACUAAUGCAACCACAAGAGUUCCGAUAGAUUUAUGAGUUGAUGCUAUGGAUGAAUAUUAUGCUGUAAGAACACUGUGAAUCACUUUGAAGGAUGUCCUUAUGACUUAUACCGAUUCAUCAAUGGACACUCUGACAACAGCUCUUGCUGCAACAAGCUUUACUAGUGAUGAGGUGACUUUAUCUACAGCUGCUUAUCUCGAAAUUAUUUGACCAAAAUAUUAUAGAACUCCUGUUCAGAGUCAUCUUGGUACAGUUGACUUUCAGUGCUACUAUGGAGAUCUUGACAGACUGUCAGGUUCAAAUUAUUGCAAAUGAAACCAAGGAUAUGGAGGGCAAAAUUGACAAUAUACCUCUCUAAGCUAUGCUAACAUCAAGCUUCUUGUUUCGAAUAUGAUGGCCCAUACUUGGGCAAAGUAUGGAUCAAUGAGCAGCUUAGAUUUGUUUGAUUUUGAUGUGCUCAUUUCCUCACUCAACGGUAUUAUUAAAGAUCCAGAUCCUUUAGCAUAUUCAGAACUAGAAAAAUUAGUUAUAUUGUUUGAGAAAGCUUCUAACCUUGAGAAUUAUAAACUCGUAGCUUUGGAUAGCAAGAUUUAUUCAGGGACUACAACUAAAGAAAAGACUGUUCACAACUCAAUUACAAUGUAUUUUGAUUUAUCAGAGAGAAUGUUAGCCAAAAUUUAUUUAGAGAAAAAGAGGAUUCAAACAGACCCAUCACAUAUUAGAUACCCAGGAAUGCACUUUAACGAUGUCCUUAUUGAAGAAGAGAAGCAGAGGAAAGAAUUGGAUGAAUAUGCUAUCAGAAUCCAUAAUUCUAUAACUCGGUUUAUUAAAGAAUUUAUAACAAGGCUUGGAACAAAAGAAAGCUCAUAUACCUUUAUUGGGGAUACUGCGUUUGAAUUUAAAGCUACGAUUGGGUAUCCCCCAGAUUUUGAAGGAAAGCAGUACUUUAUUAGAAAUAGUGAUGUUUAUUGGGAGAUACCAACUGGGUUCCUCAGUGAUCAUCAAGACAUUGCUUCUGAUAAGCAUCAAAUUUAUGUUCUUGCUAUCAAGUGGUUUGCAAACCCUCACCUUCUCAAUGGAGACAAAUAUACUAAUACUGGAACAAAUAUGACUUCUUUGCUGAUUUAUGAUGCAGGAGGCAAUCCAAUUUCAAUUAAAAAUUUAACUAGCCCUAUUUCAAUUGUAUUUCCUUAUAAGAAGUCUUCCGGUUAUGAUAAAGAAUUUUUGAAAUGACAGUACUUUAAUACAGCUCAGAAGAAAUUUUUAAAAGAUGGUUGUGGGCAAGGAUUUGUUGACAAUGUCAAACUUCCAUGUACUACAUGCUCUGAUGUCAACAAUACAUUUGUGUACACAAGUGUAUUCAUGUGAAGAUGUACCCACCUGACCACAAUUGGAGGAGUUUAUGAGCCAACCUCCGAAUCAAAAAGGAACCUGCCUAAGAUAGGACUGUACCUUAACUAUUAUGCAUUAAAGUAUUGGGAUCAGUCCUUUGGGUAUUACUUGAUAUGGCCUGUGAUUAUCACAUACAUAAUCUCAAUGGUAUGUGCAAUCGUUCUAGAUUGAAUGACUCUCAAAAAGAUGAGGCAGAAAAUAGAAAAAAUCAUAAUUGAAGUACAGGUGUUUAAUGAAGAAGAUCCUGGCACAGAUGGCUCAAGCAUUGGUGAAGGAAAGAAAUUCCUAAAUGAGAAAGAAAAACGAUUUGACUUUGAAAAUGAAGACUACAACUCUAAUAAAGAUAGCCCUAAGAGCCAUGAUGGCAAAAGAAUGCCUCCUGAAGAAGAGAAAAUUGCACCAAAGGAUAGAACUAAAGAAGUCAAUGAGACAACUGAUACCUUAGAUAUCUACGGGGAAAAUUAUUACAAAGCAACAAAACCUAAGAAGAAAAAGAGAAUUAUUAAAAAGAAAAAGAAGAAACAAACCAAUAUUCCUGAUAAUAAUGCAGAAAUGGAAGGAGGUGAGCUACAUGAAGAAGAAAAGCGAAGUGGCCUACCUAAAAAUUCAAUGGACAAGGAGGAAAUACCUGAUAUGAGAAAAACUAGUAGUAGUCCUAUACCAAAGAAGAAAAAGUUUAAAAAGAAAAAAAUCAAGAAAAAUCCAACCGAAACUGCUCCUAGUAUCAACUCCCCUGGAAAGAAGAAUGGAGAAGACAAGAAGAAUGGAGGAAAUAAGAAAAAUGGUAAAGAUAAGAAGAAUGGUAAAGAUACCAAGGGGAAGAAAUCUAAAGGGGAAAAGAGUGCUUCAAAGUCUUCUAAAUCAGAAGAUGACUCUUCACAAACAAAAUCUGAAUAUGAAGAAGAUGAUUUCGAUCAACGAAAAUACAAGAUGCCUACACAACUUGAAAUAUUCGAGCGUAAUAGAGACCUGAAGCAGAUGUUCAAGCAUUCUUCAACAUUUCUGAAUGUAUUCUUAGUGACUUCUUAUCUAUGUCCAAGACACGUACGGGUUAGUAUGCUGUUCACCAAUCUCGUUCUCAUCUGGUUCUUGGUCGCUGUAUUUUUUAACAACACAAAAGAUCCUUUGGUAGUACCUAACUUUGACAGGCAAGCAAGAAAUUUAGCCUUUAGUGAGAUGUGGAUCUCACUAAUAGCACCUUUAGUGACUAUGGCUACUAGUUACAUAUUCUGGGGUAUCUUCAUGAUCAGUGAUGCUCGAUUCCAUCAGAGAGAAAGCUAUCAACAAGUAAAAGAUGGAAAGAUGAUAAAAAGCCUUCUUAAAGAAAUGUAUCUCAGAUUCUUCAUGGCUUAUUUUGUUAUGGCAGCCAUAUUUGGAUCAGUUAUGUGGUACAUUAUGGAGUUUACAGCUAAAUUUGGAUGGAAAGUAUCCUGGACUUGGUGGUAUAGUGGGUCUUUUGCAUUCUUCUUUAAUUACUGAUUCUAUGAUCCUAUAAUUACAUGGUUCCAUUACAUAAUUUAUGGCUGUUCAAGAAAUUUAUGGAGGAAGAUUAUGAACUUUAGAAGCAUCAAAAUAGCAUGUCCUGAAGUUAUAGAUGACUUUUACAUUGUUGAAGAUAAAAAUCCUAUCAAGCCUGAACUUCUUGAGAAAGCUCAAGUUAGGAUAAAAGAGAUUAGAGAGGAUCUUAAAAACAAAAAGAAACAGAAAAUUGAAGAAGAGAAGAAUGAAGAUCAAGAGAUCGAGAUGAAUCAUAGUAUCUCAGAGAAUAAUCAGAAUGGCUUUGACAAGCAUAGUGAUCAAGAGAAAUAAAUAAUUAAGCCAUUAAUAUCAAGCUGACUGAUUAUAUAUUUAUCCAUAAUGGAUUUACAAUACUCAUAUUCUUCAAAUCACUAAACCCAAC